AUGUCUCAUAAUCCACUUCCUCAGAUUAUUGACUUGUACUCGUCACUGAAUUACCAAGACAUCGUCAUCAGCCAUGUACCCUGCGAUGCUCCAGCCGUCACCAAGGUCAUCGUCGUGACUCUCAACCGUCCACAAAGACACAAUGCGGUCAACGGGAACAUCCUCGAAGAGUUAUUCUCUGUAUUCAAUAUCAUCGACAAUGAUGACCGCGUCAGGGCUGUCGUGUUGACCGGCGCCGGCAAGUCCUUUUGUGCGGGAAUGGACCUUUCAGGGGGCCCAGAGGGCUUGAUGAAGAUCAAACAAAAUCCGGAUGCGAUGAAUCAGUGGAAAGACCCUGCCUUUUACCUCCCGAAGCUCGUCGGCCUCUCAAAGGCGAACCACAUUGUCACAACGGGAAACACUUAUACGGCUUCCGAUCCCAUCGUCAGUGGGAUGUUCUCCAAGUUGCUACCUACUCCCGAGGAAACUGUGAGGUAUGCCAUCGACCUUGCUACCGAAAUUGCAGAGAAUACAUCCAUCACGAGUACUAAGUUGAUGAGGGACAUGAUGCUGUAUUGCCCUGAUACGCCGGAGGGGACCCAUGACUUGGACUCUUAA